CAAAUAUUGUCCCAAAAGUGCAGGCGGUGAUGCACCUGUUGUGUAGAGAUGGCUCAGCCUUCGACCCCAGAGCUUUUGGACCCUGCCGUGGACAAGAAGCAUCGCAGCUUCUUAUCCGCCGAGCACCAGACGGACCUAGGAGUGUUUCGCCCACGAGGCCCUGGAGAGCUGCUGACGGUAGACGAGCGCUGGACCCACAGGUUGGGAGCGGCCGGACUCCUACCGCUUUGCCGGUUGGUCGAGGCCCGAACGACGGAGGACCCCAAGGUUGCGGCCCGUCGUUUCUACUUCGAUCGGUCGCUGAUAGCAGCACUGGUCGACCGUUGGAGGCCGGAGACACAUACGUUCCACCUACCGUGCGGAGAGAUGACCCCGACCCUGCAGGACGUCUCCUACCUCUUAGGCCUUCCUUGCGUGGGAGCUACGGUUGGGGUGAUCGAUAUGCAGGCUGACUGGA